AAUUCACCAUACGAGUCCGAGAAUAUCCCAAAUUGCCUCAAUACGUUUUCAGUGCGCGAAGUGAUUGUCACGAUUAUCACGCGUUAUCGAUUCUUAGUUCGCCAGAAUGCCACGUAAAGAAAAAUUAUUCGAAGAUUUUUCUCAGAAGUUGGAGUAUCUUUAUGAAGAGAUAAUGAAGAUGAAACAACAAAGUGCAAGCAGUUCAAGUGAGAACGAGGAAGAGAUAGACUUUGUCACUCCCAUACCCAGAAAAAAUAGUAGAAAGCGAAUUCGAGCUAUUUCGUCUUCCUCAGACGAGGAUAUAUCCAGGGAAGUAGUGACAACAGCUCUCAUCCAUAGCCCACCUCAAACCAUGUGCGCAGAUUCCUUAAUAGGAACCGACCCAACAAAGUCCACUACUGCAGGGCCACCAUUGGACACAGAAUUAGUAGUUCGCUGGAGCAACUAUCUAACCGAGGGUAUCGACAAGGAAGCAAGGAAAGAAUUCCAAAAAAUUGUCUUUCCGGAAAACUGUCCACAAUUGGCCGCUCCCUCUCUCAACAUGGAGGCAGAUAAACUCAUGUCGUCCUCAGAUAAAAAGAAAGAUGCGCUGUUAAUGUCCCUCCAGGACAAACUUGGUCGCGGUCUAACGUUGUUGGGUGAGAUUAUUUCUUUGCUUUUGUCAACAAAUGUUCCAGCAGAAAUAAGGACGUUACUUACCCCAAAGGCGGCUUUAUCCUCUAAGCAAUUUUGCGAAGUACAUUACCUCUUGUCCAAUCAUCGCAGAUAUCAAAUGUUACCACUAUUCACUCAAGCUACACAAAAAGUUGCUCAAGAAUCAAAAUUGGACAACGAACUUUUUGGAAAGCAUUUUGAUGAAAAAUGCAAAACCAAUUUGACAGUAGAGAAGUCGGCAAUAGAAAUCAGAGCAAAGAAAACAAAGAUGGAAACAGAAGCAAGACCACUCCAACCUCUCAGGAGGGGGGAGCUGACCAACAGGCCACGGUACAGGACGUAUCCUUCGACGUACCCUCCGCAGCGCGACCACUUGAGUCGUUAGAGGUAGAAACUCUUGUCAAAAAAUAUGCGGGGAACAUUCGUCUUUUUAUAAACAAUGGCAAAUGAUUACGAAUGACCGAAAUAUUCUGAAAUGGGUUAAUGGAUAUGAAAUUCCUUUCCACUCCAGUCCUCAUCAGGACAAAAUACCAAUGCAUAAAUCUCUUUCGCAUUCUGGGGAUAUUCGUAUGAAACAAAGUUU